UUCUGUAAAAUUAUGAAAAAACUUAUUCAACUCAUCGCCUGUUUCUUUUUACUGAUUCCAGCAGCGUCGGUGUUUAUACGUGAUCCUUCCUUUAGUUCAUCAUCAGAGGAAGGUUAUGGUAGAGGAAAACAUCAUCAUGGGGGACAUCAUAGUCCAACGCCGAACCCAUGUGAAGUUGGUUGGUACGCUUUUCAUAGACCACAAGGGGUUUGGUGUGUUAAGGUAGUAGCAUCAAAACUUACAUACUUGGCUGCACAAACUGCGUGUAUAAACCUUGGUGGUGCUCUUUCCGGUCUUCAGAAUGAUAAAGAACGCGUCUGGAUUGGAAAUAAAGGAAUGGAAAUAAUGCUUGCAAACGGCGGAACAGACUCUGGAACAUGGCUCGGAGCGAAAUGCUCAUCUAGUGGGUGCACUUGGACAGACGGAAACACAGUUGGCACACAGGGAAUGAUGUUUGCUCCUGGAGAGCCAAAUCAGCUAAGCUACCCGCCUUGCUUAUACAUUUGGGCAAAAAUUGGUGAUACACUGAAACGAUAUCCAUAUGGAAAUGGAUAUAUUGAUGAUACGCGGUUAACUACAGCUAUGAUGUCGUAUGCAUGUGGAAAACCUGGAUUGAGAAAUAAUUAAAUCGUUUUUUUUGUAAAAAAAAUUUAGUACUCGAAUCAAACUUUGUAUGUUCUGUUUAAAAAAAACUUUUAAAAAACUUUCAAAAUUUUUAUGACAAAAUGUUUAAUUUUAAUAUUAAACAAAUUGUAACAAAACGUAUGAGGCUUGAGAUAAAAUAAAAUUACAAGUUU